AUGAAGUUUUUUAAUCAUACAUACCAAACUACUGUCAAUUACAACAUCCCCAAAUCGGUAGAACAUUCGGUUUCCUUCGAUGAGACCUCAAUUGUCGCACCUAGUCUAACUCCAAAGCCAUUAUCAUCCUUAGAGUUCUCGCGCCAUAAGAGCCCCUACGCCGUUGCUAUAUCCCUAGGCGCAGACUAUCAUAGGAAUGAAGAUGACGGCGACGAUGAAGAUUGGUAUUAUGUGGGCGGAAGAACACUUGUUUAUCAGCUCCUCCACGCGCCCAGUACUAAGUUAAAGCAACCUCAGUCCACCCAAUCAAUUCAAGUGGUAGUAAAUGUGACGAAAGACGUUCGGCAGAGUAAGCGAAAGCGGCCUGAAGCGGAUGGAGCGACUUUGUUUGAGAUUGAGAAAGUGGAGCACAAUUUCGAUAUUAGGGAAACACGCUACGCCCAAGUGCUCACGAAACUACGGUUGUUCGACUCUGAAAUCAUGCCAUACGAGAAAGUCUUUUUGAUGGAAACCGAUAUGGUUAUCACACAGCCGAUCGAUGCGAUCUUCUAG